GAGACAAAAUUUAUAAAAUAGAACCAACAAAAGGAAUCACAAAUUCUUCCAUAUUUAGUCAUAAAUUUCCAAAUAUAACUUUAAUUCAAGAUGAUGAAACAUUUAAUUCUGCUAUAGUAACUGUUGGUGCUCUUGGAGUGACCUAUGAGGUGACUAUUUCGACAAUUCCCUUGUAUAACGUUAUAGAAAGAAGGGAAGAAACUACUUGGACACAAGCCAAAUAUAUCUUAAAACAGAAACCUUAUUCCGCAAAUCCCUAUUUGAAAUACCGUAAUACAGAAAUUUGGAUAAGCCCAUAUACAGAUUACGCUUUGAUUACUCUGAGAGAUUUGGCGACAAAAGAAGAUGUGAAAAAGUAUCCAAAGCCCGAGGUCAAGAAACUUUUUCAAGAACUUUUUGAAUUACCUAUAGUACAAGAGAUAUCAAAAGUUUUGGCCAUUAAUGUGGGUGGGGCUUUAUAUUUGUUAUUGCACCUGUUCCCAGGCAUAGUACCAUUUACCAUUGAAGAAGUUUUGCGAACUCAAUAUCACAAAGAUCCAAUUGUUGAUAGUUAUGAAUUAAUUUAUGAUCAAAUCGGUUAUGGAAUUCCGGUAGAAUUUUCAUUUUCAAUGGAGGAUGAUAACCACAUAUUAGCAACAGAUGCAAUUUUGAAAACAAUUAAUGAACUACGAGAUAAGUACAAUUUAUACGUCAAUGGGCCAGCUGCUAUGAGAUUUUCUGCUGCUUCGCCACAAUAUCUUUCAAUGGCAAAUGGAAGUAGCAAUGAGACCAGAGCAUAUUUGGAAAUAAUGAUUUUGGAUGUCCAGAUUGAUUAUUUUGGUAGUGUAUAUGAUGCAUUGACCGAAACUGCACUGAAAUAUAAGGCAAGAUGCCAUUGGGGGCAAUAUAUUUCACCCAAACUUGAUCAUAAAUAUCUAAUUAAUGCAUAUGGUGCUCAAAAUGUUCAAUCAUUUAUUGAACAGACUAAGAAAUUUGAUCCAAAUGGUAUAAUGAGUAAUUCUUUAUUAAAAAAGUUAGAAUUAACACCCGGCGGAAAAGCAAAACAUAAUUUUUGGGAAACUAUUGGUGAAAAAUUUAAAGAAGGGCUAGAUGAGAUUGCUAAAAUACAAAAAUCUUUGAAUCCGUAUUAUCAUAUGGGCAAAAAUCUCCAAUUUCGUGAUGAUUUAAUGUGA